UCGAACGCGGUGCAAGCUCUUUGCGUGAUCGGCUCCUUGUUUGUCAUCAAAUUUUUUUUGUCAAUAUCAGCAACUACAAGAUGCUGUCCAUCCUUUUGGUAUCCAGACCAAUGCCCACGUUGAUUUCAAUUUACAAUUUGGGACCGGUAAAAAUCCACGGUACAGCUUGCGCAGCGAUGCGAAAGAACGUUUUCCGAGGUGUAAGCUUCCGCUCGACCGCACUAGCGGUCCGCAGCCACGAGUCGGCCCGUUAUCAGUGAGCGGCGAUCUCGAGCGCACAAUAGAUAUUUAUAUAGCCGGUCGAGAGGAAGCCGUCAUCUCCACGGGUCUCUGGUGAUGCAGAGGAAGUGCUGCGCGCACUGCCCGGGGGACGUGACCCGCACAGGUGAGCCAGCGAGGGAGCACGCCUGCGACGUGCCUGGUUACGUCGCGGGCAGUCUCACCACCCAGCAGGAGGGCUCGUGCUUCGAGAGAUUCGCCACGGCCAGGAAGUGCCACUCGGACAACCUGCAGCACCAGCCGAUAUUCACCGAGGGUCUGGAACAGAUGCAGAACGACGCCUGCCGGUGCGAGGAGGAUGUCAAGAGGUUGAUUGACGUGGAAUGCCGUUCGAGGGAGCUGAGUCGCGUGCACCGGUACGCGCCGGCUCUGGGCUGCAAGGAGCCCACGACUUACAUGGACCUGGCGAUCUGCUGGGAGACGCCGACCGAUCCGUUGUACGAGCCCCGCAAAGCUGUCCACGUGGAUGGUUCGGACGGCGGACCCGCGCCCGCUGUGUUCACCCUCGUGCAGCACGAGCCCUCCCAGGUGGAUCUCAGGGACGGCUGUAUACCCGGCCGGAGCGGCAGGGACCGGCAACGAUGCGGUGACGAGUGCGCCCACGUCCGGAAGGCGGACGCGGAGAUGGAGGGUGACGAGCUGUGCCGGCACUUGGAUUCCGUGAGUCUGUCGCCGGCCGGUGGGAAGAAGGUCGUGGCCCGGCCGCCUGUGGGCGCUGCGGCGCGCAAGAAGCGGGCCGAGUUUCUGCGUCACUGCGCGACGAACGUCGGCCACGAGCUGCCCAAAAAGACGUGCAAGGUGCGCUCGGCCUCCUGUCUGCAGAAGCGAGGCUGCACCGUCGUACGGGCGAAGAACAACGGCUUGGUGCCGACUCUCGACGCCGGUGGGAGGGCGCUGCAGGUACCCAGGCCCCGGACGCCGUACGCUAGGCGGGCCUUUUGCAUCGAUACGCUGGCACCGCCCUUCAGUGUGGUCAACGGCUGCAGGGAUGCUGACUUUCCGGAGCACUGGAGGCUCACGUCCGUCUACCAGCAGUCGUACAGGAACCCGAGGAAGAUGCGCGAGGGACGCACCUUGAUCCAUUACGAUAGGUCCUUCGUUUGACUCUCUUUUCGACCCUUUCGUUUUUUUUUUUUUUUUUCAUCUUCGUUACCCGUCAAAGAGCUUAUAAGUAUAUAUACGUAUAUGUUGUAUGACGCAGGUGACGGUGCUGAGCAUCGUUGGCGAUUUUUAAAUUUUAAUUCAUUUGUUGUACUUUGUGCAACACUAGACACACUAC